CGCCCCUGGAUCCGGGAUCCGAUACUGAGUACCAGGACUUCCAGUUUCGGUUCAUCCCGGAGGCGUUCGAGCUCCAGAUGGGCGGCGUUCCCGUCGGCGGCGGCGGGGCAAGGAACGGAGACGGUAAGGUGACGGAGAAGGUUCUUGAGUUCGAGUUCGACAAGGUCAGGAUUAGCAUUGCGUCCAGGGACGACGAGGCGGACGGAUACGCGCCGCCGAGGAGCUCCUUCUCCGGGGCGAGCCACCCGCCGGAGCCAGUGGACGAGACGGACACCGUCUUUGUCGCUGUCGACGGCCGGGAGAAGCCGGUCCCGAAGCCAGUCAUCUCGUGGGACGCGUCCAGGCCGCCGAGCGGCGCGGCGAGCCCAGACAGCAGCAUCGACAGCUCCGGCGCCACGGCCACGGUCACCAGCAUCGCGCCGAGCUGCACCGUCACCAGCCGCAGCGCCAAGACCAGCGUCAGCAGCAGCGCGGCCAGCGACGGCAGCGGCUGGAGCAACGGCACCAGCAGCGGCUGCGGCGGCAGCGCGGGGAAGCCGCACAAGGGCGGCGACCCCAGGUGGAAGGCCAUCCUCGCGGCGCGCGCGCGCGAGGGACCCCUCGCGAUGGGCAGCUUCCGGCUGCUGCGGAGGCUCGGGUGCGGCGACAUCGGGACGGUGUACCUGUCGGAGCUCAGCGGGGGAGGCCCCGGAAAUGGCGACGUGGCAAGGCCCUGCUGGUUCGCGAUGAAGGUGAUGGACAAGGCGUCGCUGGAGAGCCGGCGGAAGCUGAGUCGCGCGCAGACGGAGCGGGAGAUCCUCCAGCUGCUGGACCACCCGUUCUUGCCCACUCUGUACGCGCACUUUGAGACCGACCGGUUCGCCUGCCUUGUCAUGGAGUUCUGCCCCGGCGGCGACCUCCACGUGCUCCGGCAGCGACAGCCCGGCAAGCACUUCCCAGAGCACGCGGCAAGGUUUUACGCCGCAGAAGUGCUCCUUGCGCUGGAGUACCUGCACAUGCUUGGGGUGGUCUACAGAGACCUGAAGCCGGAGAACGUCCUCGUGAGAGAAGAUGGCCACAUCAUGCUCUCCGACUUCGACCUCUCCCUUCGCUGCGCGGUCUCGCCGACGCUGGUGAGACCUUCCCUGGGCUCCGACCCCAGGAACGGGCAGGCCUGCGCCCAGCCCACCGCCUGCAUCCAGCCCACAUGCUUCAUGCCCAAGCUCUUCGGCCAGAGGAGCCAGAAGAGCAGCAGCAGCAGCGCCGCCAAGAAACCCAAGGGCGGCGCCGAGCCCAGCCCCAGGCUGCAGCAGGCGGGCACCGGCCUGCCCGAGGUCGUGGUGGAGCCGACCGGGGCGCGGUCCAUGUCGUUCGUGGGGACGCACGAGUACCUCGCCCCGGAGAUCAUCAAGGGCGAGGGCCACGGCAGCGCAGUGGACUGGUGGACGUUCGGCAUCUUCCUGCACGAGCUCAUGUACGGCAGGACGCCGUUCAAGGGGCAGACGAACCGCGGCACGCUGUUCAACGUCGUCGGCCAGCAACUCAAGUUCCCGGACUGCCCCGGCACGAGCAGCGCCAGCAGGGACCUGAUCAGAGGCCUGCUGGCCAAGGAGCCCCAGAGCCGGCUGGGCGUGAAGAGGGGCGCGGCCGAGAUGAAGCAGCACCCCUUCUUCGAGGGCGUCAACUGGGCGCUCAUCCGGUGCAGCACUCCCCCCGGCGUGCCCAGGGCCGUCGAGCCCGCCACGGUGGCAGUGGCACUGCCUGCGCAGGCAAAGCCGAAGCCGGCGCCGGCGCCGGCGCCAGCGGAGAGAGUGGAGAUCAACAGCGGCGGCGGUGGCAGCAAGAGGAUUUCUGGGGCUUCUUCCGGUGCUGAGUGCGGAGGGAAGUUCCUAGACUUCGAGUUCUUUUAGCUAGUCUUCGACUCUUCGUUGACGAUACUCGUUGCAGUUCCAGUUGUAGGUGUAGUUCCAUACUCUGGAGUGCGAGCGUUUGGUCAGUGACAUGUCUGGUUGGUUCCAAUUCUAGUGUGUGGUAUUACCUAACCUCACUGUGUUGCUUGUUGGGAGUUGAGACUUGAGAGUCAUCCCAUGUCACUAGGCAGUAUAGACAAUAGUAGUUAGUUACUUAGGCAAAUAGUAACUAUGAAGUUCGAUUAGUCGAAGAAACGAUUUUCAUCAUGUCUGUUGCCAGGGGCGACGCCAUAGUCAGUCACUUUCCCCGGUGCCAAUGCACCGUGGUUCC